AUGGUUACCCUCGCUACCUGGGCUCGGAGUAAAGUCACGCAUCUCCCUCGAGCCUCGCGGAUGGUCCUCGGAACGGUCUGCGGAGCAUUUAUCUUCAUCUGCUUAUACACCACUCGCGAGAUGAGAGAGAUCUCGCUGGAGCUGACGGAGCAACACAUUAUCGAGGAGCAAAGCGGCGUCUACAGGGUCCUGAAGGGGGCGAUACCGAGCGUGAAUCUGGUAGUGGCAGCUACAUCGAAGGAAGAUUACGGCUGGACGAAAGAGCUGAGAAUCCCCAGCAUGACCGUCGUGCCGUACAUCGCGGAUGACCUGAACGCGACGCACCACGCGCAGCAGAACAAGGGCCACGAGGCGAUGAUGUACCACCAGUACUUCUACGACUUCUACGACAACCUACCCGACAUCUCCAUCCUGAUCCACUCCCAGCAGCGAUCAUGGCACGUCGACGGAAUGCUGGAUCAAAGCAUGGUAUUCUCCCUCAACCACCUCGACCUCCGCGAGGUCCAGCGCCGCCACUUUCUGAACCUGCGCGUGACCUGGGGCAUCGGCUGCUCGAACGGGCAGAUCAACACGACGCGCGUGAACGAGGAAUCCGGCGCCGCCCCGGAGCAGAAGGAGAUGCAGGAGGCCUUCCGCGCGAACUUCAACAUCUACGACGUCCCCGAGAUCCUGGCUACGCCGUGCUGCUCGCAGAUCGCCGUCACCAAGGCGGCCAUCCGGCGGGUGCCGCGCGAGCAGUACCUGAAGCACAUCGAGUGGCUGCUGGCGACGCAGCUGAAGGACAGCAUCUCGGGCCGCACGUGGGAGCACAUGUGGCAGUACCUGUUCCUGGGGAAGGCCAUCGACUGCCCGCUCGAGCACCGCGCGUACUGCCGGCUGUACCACAUCUGUUUUGGGGGCCGGGAGGAGUACGACGAGUGGGUCGAGCUGAACCAGGGACGCGAGAAGCUGGAGAAUGAGCUGGAUAAGCUGAAGAAGGAGAUGGAAAAGCUGAAGAAGGACGAGAAAGACAAGGCGGAGCCGGAGAAGGACAAGGAUGGGAAGCCGGAGAAGGACGAGAAAGACAAGGCGGAGCCGGAGAAGACUGACGAGGAGCAGAAGAAGCUGUCGGCUACGCAGGAGAAGACCAACAAGAAGGCGCAGGAGUGGUUGGAGACUGAGCUGAAGAGUGUACGGGAGGCGAUCAGGGUCCGGAGGGAGGUGGCGGUUGUGAGAGGCGCUGUUGAGGCGAACAGGAUUGCGGAGGCGGAGCCGCUCUAUGGCGACGAGGAUGAGCUGGGGGUCGAGGCGAAGAUCUUCCCGCAGAAGGUCAAAGCGCAGGCUACGACUACCCGCUCUCCUUGA